AAUGGCGGCGUUGAGCAGCGCCGAGUCCCCACCGCCCGUCUUUAACGGAGACACCGUGGAGCGGGAGCCGGGCAGGGAGCGGGGCCUGGAGGAGCUGGGAGCCGGCCUGGACUCCUCCUGCACGUCGGGGAUCCCCGGAGGUCCGCAGGAUGAGGAGAUCUGGAAUAUCAAACAGAUGAUAAAGUUGACACAAGAACACUUAGAGGCCCUUCUGGACAAGUUUGGAGGAGAGCACAAUCCUCCGUCCAUAUAUCUAGAGGCCUAUGAGGAGUACACCAGCAAACUGGAUGCCCUGCAGCAGAGGGAGCAGCAGCUGCUGGAGGCCAUGGGCAACGGUACGGACUUCUCCUGCUCUCCUUCUCCCAUGCCGGCCCUGCUGGAGGUCAAGAUGGGAGGCUGUGGAGUUGGAGGGGGGGCUCAGGCUUUUCCAUCAGCGCCCAACACCUUGGCUGUGCUGCAGACCCCCACCGACGCCAGCCGGGCCAACCCUCGAUCCCCCCAGAAGCCCAUUGUCAGGGUCUUCUUGCCCAACAAACAGAGAACAGUGGUCCCAGCCCGCUGUGGGAUGACUGUGAGAGACUCGUUGAAGAAAGCUCUUAUGAUGCGAGGCCUCAUUCCAGAGUGCUGUGCAGUCUACAGGAUACAGGACGGGAUCAAAGUUAAGCAUGGGGAAGAUUGUGCCUCUUCAGUUGUAUCCCCCAAACUUUGGAAUGAGCUGCCUCGACACGUUAGAGAGAAGAAGCCGAUUGGCUGGGACACAGAUAUCUCCUGGCUGACAGGAGAGGAGCUACAUGUAGAAGUGUUGGAGAAUGUUCCGCUCACCACACACAACUUUGUGAGGAAGACCUUCUUCACUCUGGCCUUCUGCGACUUCUGCAGAAAGCUGCUGUUCCAGGGGUUCCGCUGCCAGACCUGUGGCUACAAGUUCCACCAGCGCUGCAGCACCGAGGUUCCUCUCAUGUGCGUCAACUACGACCAGCUAGACUUGUUGCUAGUGUCCAAGUUCUUCGAGCAUCACCCAUUUACCCAGGAGGAGGUCUCCUCAGAGGGAACCACCCCUGUGUCUGAGGCGUGUCCAUCACUUCCCCCAUCUGACUCCACCGGGUCUAUAUGCCACACCACUGUGUCCCCGUCCAAGUCCAUACCCAUCCCGCCCAGUUUCCGGCCCAACGAGGAGGACCACCGCAACCAGUUUGGCCAGCGGGACCGUUCAUCCUCUGCCCCCAACGUCCAUAUCAAUACCAUCGAGCCUGUCAACAUUGAUGAUCUGAUUCGAGAUCAGGGCUUGCCAAGGUCAGAUGGAGCCCCCCCGACCCACCCCGCCCGCUGCUUGAGGAAGCACCGAACACGGACCUCAAGCCCCCUCCUAUACUCCUACCCCAAUGACAUAGUGUUUGAUUUUGAGCCCGAGCCUGUUUUCCGAGGCUCGACCACAGGGCUGUCAGCCACGCCUCCCGCCUCUUUACCCGGCUCUCUGACCAACGUCAAGGUUCCUCAGAAGUCGCCGUGCCCGCAAAGGGAACGCAAGUCCUCGUCCUCAUCUGAGGACCGCAAUAAGAUGAAAACCCUGGGGAGAAGGGACUCCAGUGACGACUGGGAAAUCCCCGAGGGUCAGAUCACUCUGGGUCAGAGGAUAGGUUCUGGAUCUUUUGGAACCGUCUUCAAGGGAAAGUGGCACGGGGACGUGGCAGUGAAGAUGUUGAACGUCACUGCUCCCACACCUCAACAGCUUCAGGCCUUUAAGAAUGAAGUGGGAGUCCUCAGGAAAACGCGUCAUGUGAACAUCCUGCUGUUCAUGGGCUACACCACCAAGCCUCAGCUGGCCAUCGUGACCCAGUGGUGUGAAGGCUCCAGUCUGUACCACCACCUGCACAUCAUCGAGACCAAGUUUGAGAUGAUCAAGCUGAUCGACAUCGCCCGGCAGACCGCUCAGGGCAUGGAUUACCUGCAUGCCAAAUCAAUCAUCCACAGAGAUCUGAAGAGCAACAAUAUUUUCCUCCACGAGGAUUUGACGGUGAAGAUCGGGGACUUUGGUCUGGCUACGGUCAAGUCCCGCUGGAGUGGCUCGCACCAGUUUGAGCAGCUGUCUGGCUCUAUUCUGUGGAUGGCUCCAGAGGUAAUCCGGCUGCAGGAUAAGAACCCCUACAGCUUCCAGUCAGACGUGUACGCGUUUGGCAUCGUGCUGUACGAGCUGAUGUCAGGAGCGCUGCCCUACUCCAACAUCAACAACAGAGACCAGAUCAUCUUUAUGGUGGGUCGAGGUUACCUGUCUCCUGAUCUCAGCAAGGUGCGCAGCAACUGUCCAAAGGCCAUGAAGAGACUGAUGGCCGACUGCCUGAAGAAGAAGAGAGAGGAGCGACCUCUCUUCCCUCAGAUCUUGGCGUCCAUUGAGCUGCUGGCUCGCUCAUUACCCAAAAUCCACCGCAGCGCCUCAGAGCCUUCGCUAAACCGAGCCGGCUUUCAGACGGAGGACUUCAGCUUGUACGCCUGCGCCUCUCCCAAAACCCCCAUCCAGGCUGGGGGCUAUGGGGAAUUUUCGGCAUUUAAGUAAGUGCUGCAGAUCCCACCAGUCCAUCCCCUCGUCACUUCUCAAAAGUCUCGUGUCCAUGCGGUGGAUUCAUCCAUUACUGAAAAAACUGAAAAAAAUGUCUCAAAGAAUGUGCUUUUUUCUUCCUCUGUCCACCUGAUGAAGGCGGCCUCACCGGAGUCCUUCCAACAAAACGCUGUCCAGCAGGCAAACAGCCACCGCGACAGACAAAACUGAAUUAGGAAAAAAAUUUAAAAAGAAAACAAAAAAAAAACUUGAAUCACACGAAAAAAAGACACAAAUAUCCAUACCAAAACGGUUUCGAGGAUCGACUUGCCUGCUGGAGGGAAAAGGCAAAAAGGAUGGAGAGUCGAAGGGGAAACGUCAGGAGGAAGUCUGGGCUUAGGGCGUCCCAUCAUUUCUUGGUGAGGAUAGAGUUCAUCAGCUGGGCCGCUGAACUGCUCUGUGAGUGCCGGCAGAGAAACAGGGAAGGAGAAGAGGCCUCCCGUCAGUCGGCUGAGACAGAAGGCCGGGCGUUCGCCAGCCAAUCCCGAGAGGAGCUGGAGGUUACUCAGCAGGGUUAAACCCCCGAAGGACUUGAAAGAUAGAUCUAUUUUUAUUUUUCAAUUUCUCAUGUUUCCGAUAUUAGCUAGGAAUGCUGAGCUUUUUUUUUUUGUUACUUUUGAAGAGAUGGUAGCUAAUUUAGGAGAAAGCUUUCCUUCCGGUCACGCAGCUUAGGCCCUUUGCUUUUUUCCUUUGUGGGCUCGUUGCUGACCUGAUCCUGCAAAAUACUGUAUUUUGCCUUUUUUUGGUGGCCACCAAAUUCAACACCAGUGAGGAAACUGCAGCAGCUCUUAAUCUACAGACGGAUUUUGCUGAAAAUUUUCAAAAUAAAAGCUUGAGAGAAGAAGUUCUUUCCAUAGAUUUCCAUUGGAAAAGUCUGCCAACAAGAGGAGCUGUUCUUUAGAGGGAAAAUGCUCAUUUGCUGAUGAAAGCAACACGAGAGGGAUUUAUUGCUUCAUUUAAAAGGCCUCGGCGAGCUUUAGAGGUGUUGAUUUUGCUCUGUGACGCUCUACGUUUUCGAAGGAUUUCCAGUGGAAAAGUCUGGUGUGGAGCUAUUCACAGGGAGGAAAACUGCUAAUUUGUUUGGCUGCACUAGAGCGUUUUCUUCUCGGUUUAAAGAGCCUGGUGUAAGCUAGUGACCAGCAUUUACACUGAGCUGAGGAGUGUGUACAGUAAGUUGUUACACAGCAUCUUUAGAGCUUUUCCUUUGCUUCUUUUUUUUCCACAACCUCAGACUUUUUUUUUUUCUUUUUUGUGCAUGUCGUGUCAUAUCCCUUUUUUUUCCCAACCAUGUGGCUUUAAUAUUGCACUCAGCUUCAAACGGGGACCUUACUUGUUGCGCUGCUAACGUUGCAGCACUACCUGCUGAAAGGACCGGCGAUCCUCCGGAGAGUUCAUUUCAAUCACCUUUUUACUUUCUCUACACACAUGCACCUGUACUUUUUUCUCAUUCCAGCGUGUGUUGAGGGUUGUAGGUGUUAUCACAGGUUCUUUUUAUUUCGUCGAUGUUUGCCUUUUUCUGUACAGGCAGGCCUGCAGAUAUUUACUUAUUUAUGUUUUGGUUUAUGAAUUUCUUUAUUUGAAGCUAUCGGUCUUUUCUUUUUUUGACGCUUGUUUUGGUCUCUGUGACUGUGUACUUGCACUUUGUAAAGAUGGAUCCAAGCAAAUGAGCGACUUGCCUUUUCUUAUUUUUUUUUUCUUUUUUCUUUCUUUAAUGAAGAAUAAAUUGUGACAUUCAGAGCUGAUGACCCAAAAUUCAAUUUCCAGUGCAUGAGCCAUGUGCAGGGGCUGAACUGUGAAUUUUUGCCGGGAAGGCUCAGUUGUCAUCCAAGGACUGUCUCCAAUCAGGCCUCCAGCAGCUGAGUGUGUCACCACAGCUACAGUGAUGGGAGCUGGGCUGGUAAAGGGAUGUUGUGAAAGUAGAGCACACAGUUGAAGCAUCUAUCCAGACAAUGACAGACUGCUUCUUCUCAUUCAUCAAGGAUCAUUUAUGUUGUUCUAUCAUUAUAUAACCCCCACGGCAAUGCUAUGACACAUUUCGUUGCCUCCUUUUUACAAAGCAUGUUAGGAAAUACACUAUUUGUCAUCUUCUUUUUCUGUCGUACAGGGCUGCAUUGAGUUUAGCCGAGCUUAGCAUGAAGUCUGGAAGCAGUGUGAGCCCUGAUCCAGGACAGUCUGAGCACUGAAAUAUGUCACUGUGCAACUUCUAAAAGAAGCAUGUUGGAAACGCAGACUGGCAGAAAAUGUUCGUAGCAACUUCUGAGGUGGAUAAACUACACAAAGGUCUUUUCCAAGACAAUAGUUCUGCUCUAUCUAAAAUGUUAGCAUUGUGCAAUUCUGCAAACCACAAAUACAUUACGUUUGUGUUAUUAUGCAGGGGAUAUGUUAAAAAUGUUGUUCGUGUGCUUGGGUUCAGGCACAAAAACCACAAGGUUAAGUAGAAGAUCAUGUUUGUGUUGGCACAGUUACAGCUGGAGAAGCCAUAGAUGUCUUGAUAAAAAAAACAGCUACUUUUGUGGCUUUAUACGAGCUGGAAAUGCAACAGUGUAUUGGUAAAAUCAACUACUUUUGUGCCACUGUCCCAGCUAGAAACGCAGUGAUGUCUUUGUAAAAAAAUAACCAUUUUCAGUGGCACUCUUGGCUGGAAAUGCAGCGGUGUCUUGUAAAAUAAACUACCGCUUUUUAUGGCACUAGCCACGCUGCAAAUACAGGGAUGUCUCAGUAAAAAACAACUGCUUUUGGAGGCACUAUUCUGGUUGGAAAUGCAGCAGUCUUGUUAAAUAACAGCCACUUUUCAUGGCACUGUACCUGCUUGAAACACAGCGAUGUCUCUGUACAAAACACCUACUUUUUGUGGUGCUAUCCCCAGUGGAAAUACAGUGACAAGUCAUUAACACACGCAUAUUUGGUGCCUAAUAGUCACUUAAAAAAAACUGAUAUGACACAAAACGUACAAAUUUAUCAUAUCCGUGGUUUGUAGAAACGUACAUUGCCAUCAUAUUUUGCUGUGAACAAGGCUCCUUUUUUUGCACCUCAGAAAUAGCUAAGAAGAUUGAUGUCCAUCCAGUGAGUUUGUAUUUCUAACAUUUUGCUUAUUGCAAAUUUUAUGAGCUGCUCAGUGACUGAAAUGUUUCAGGAGAUCAUCUGUAACAUCUUGAGACAUUGCAAGUGAUCAUUUAUUAGUCUAGCUAAAGUAUCUCUGAACUGGAUGCACAAAGAUUAAAUGUAUGUUAAUGUCAUAACCCAGGUUAGACAGCAGACAAAAGCAUGUCCCAAAUUGUGAUUAAUAUUUGAAGAUUAACCAAACCUAACUCUGUGUAAAGCCUGAUAUCUACAGGUGAAAGCAAGGUACUAAAUGUCCAGCUGCUAUUGGGUGGUCUUUGGUCUCAAGCGGUGUUAAUCUGAAGGUCUGGCUGUGUGCCACGUAUUGGCUUGUGCAAGGGAUUUGCAAGGCUUAUUACAACUUUGGUCUUGUUUUAAUAGUCUUGGUCAACAUUCGUCUUGAAAGCUCAAAAGAAUCUAACAUUUUUCUCAAGAAUUGGUGGAGACCAAAACAGAACUAAAAGGAGGCUGAAUAUUUAGCUUGACGGUCUUCUGUUGACCAAAACCACAACUGCAAAUGAAUUUUAACACUAAAUGCGUCAUUUAAAGUUGUUUUGUCGAUUUGUCAAGACAAAUGUUGUGGUUUCAGCUUGUUAAAGAGAUGUUCUGCCCCCAAGUGGCCAAAAAAAAUGAAUGCGGCUAUGACCCUUUGAAACCUGGAUGAGUAUUUAGAACUUUUAACCCUGAGAAAGUUGGUUUAUUAUUAUUAUUAUUAUUAUUAUUAUUUUCAAAAAGGCAAUGUGGGACAAAAG